UUUGCACAUACCGCGCACCACAUACGUAUAGAAAUCGUCUGGAACCGCGAGGAAUUUCUUCAAAUUUUCUUCUGACGAUAUGGAGAAGCACACAAAGCGCGUGGACGCACUAGUGCUUUUCUCGUUACUGCUCCUCGGAUCCUGUGCGCAGGGUCUUCAGGAUGAGGUGGGCGCUCCUCCUGCUCUAUCAGCUGAAGAAGGGGUCAUGGAGACGAGAGCAGAAUGUAGACAGGUGUUGCUUCCGUGCAAGGACAACAAGUGCUACUGCUGUAUCGGGGGCGGAACUCGUCAGUGUUACGCUACACUAGCUGAGUGUAGACAUGCAUGCCUGCCCCUAAACACGAAUUAGUACUAAGUUCGCUGUUGUUGGUACAAUAAUGUAACGGUGGGCAGUAUUUUCGAAAAUGGCUUAGAAGGGAAUUGAUCGGACAUGGUAUAAAUAAAUCACAAAAGAAAAUUAGAAAGAUA